UUAUUAGAAGAGCUCCUCACGAAUUCAAAAUUGCUUGCUUAGAGGAUAUCAGGGCAUUAUUCCCUCCUGAUUGCAAUCCAUUCUAUGCUGGUUUUGGAAAUAGAGACACUGAUGAGAUUUGCUACCUUAAGGUUGGAAUCCCAAAAGGGAAAAUCUUCAUCAUUAAUUCUAAGGGGCAGGUGGUUGUGAACCACCAUGUUGAUUCAAAAUCAUAUACUUCACUUCAUACUCUUGUGCAUUACAUGUUUCCUCCCAUGUCCUCAUCUGAGCAGGAGGAUUUCAAUUCAUGGAACUACUGGAAACUGCCUCCUGCUAUUGAUGCUUGAAGGUCUCAACAAGAAAUCAUUUAUUUGGAGACAGGUGGAUGCUGGUUGGCUUGUCGGCUCUUAUUCAGGGGCACAUUUGGCCAAGGAACUGACUGAAGGAAGAAUUUCCACUCUAAAGAUUACUUUUUGAAUCUGUGGACGAUUUUCAAAUGCUGAGACAGAUAUGACCUGCGUUUCACUGCUUUUGUGCUGGAAUGGGUGAUUAUAUUAGCGAUGGAUUUAUUUCACCUGAAUCUUGCUUCAGAGAGAAAAACCUAUGGAUUUGCGUAGUGUACAUUCAAGGGAUCCCAUGAACACUGCAAUGUUCUCGUGUAAAUAUUUAUUGUAAAAUUUAUGAUAGAAUAUUAGGGUAUGGCGAAUGUAUAUUUGGCUUCCACACUAAACUACUGUUGGUAUUUUUUCGUAAUAACACAAGAAAAAUAUAUAAAAUAAAUUAAAUAGAAAUGACAAAAUAAUUUUUUU